AUUCCCUACUUUUCACGAUGGAAUAAUUUCGACAAAUUUAACCUAUGUUGAAUGAUUUCAAUCAUACUUUUGGAACUAAAUUAGACACAAUUGUAAUGCUUUAAUUAACGCUUGGAGUUUUGCCGUCGAAGAGAGCAAGAAAGUUCCGUUGUUGGACAAACUGUACUGUUAAUACUGAUGGAAGCCCACCUAAUUUCACGGGCUUUGCACUGAGUGAAGUUUAGCUUAGCAUUGAAGAGUUGAGCUACGUUCAGCGGUUCAUGAGGAGAUGGAACAUGCAAGACAGAGGAAAUCGUCACGGGAGGGGUGGGUGGAAGAAAGGUGUCUUGGUACUGGGACCUUUGGAACUGUUAUGCUUUUUGAGAAUAAGAUUUCAAAGGAACAAAUAGCCUUGAAGAAAUGCCGCUUGACAUUGAAUCCUCAAAAUGAGAAACUAUGGCAGCAGGAAAUUGACAUCAUGAAGAGGCUUCAUCACCCCAACCUGGUUGCAGCUAUUGAAGUUCCACCACCACUGAAUGUCAGUGUGAAUGAGCUUCCUCUCCUAGCCAUGGAAUUCUGUUCUGGAGGAGAUUUGAGAAAGGUACUGAAUUCCCCAGAGAGCUGCUGUGGGCUGAAGGAAAAGACUGUUCUGAAGAUUGCUUUAGAUGUUGCGGCUGCAGUUGAAUUUCUUCACGGUCAUCGCAUUAUACACAGAGACAUCAAACCUGAGAACAUUGUGAUAAGUCAUGCACAAAGUAAGGUAGUUUACAAAAUUAUAGACCUUGGCUAUGCUAAGCAAUUGGAUCAAGAAAGUCUGGCUACUACUUUUGUGGGAACUCUUAAAUAUGUGGCCCCUGAACUUCUUGGUAGAGUCAAAUACACAAAAACAGUAGAUUAUUGGAGCUUUGGUACAGUGUUGUUUGAAUGCAUCACAGGACUGCGACCUUUCUUGUCAGAACUGAGCUCUCCAGUCCAGUGGUACCAAGAACUUAAUGGCAAAGGACCAGAUGACAUUUGUGCUUUUGUUGAUUUGCAAGGGGAAGUACAGUUUAACUCAGUGUUACCAACUCCCAAUGCUCUCUGCAGACCUCUUCAGGACAAGUUUGUAGCGCUUUUGCGGCUGUUGUUGUUAUGGGAUCCCACGGCACGUGGGGGAUCAAAGCUUGAAAGUGGAAAAAUUGAGUGUUUUGAUAUGCUGGAAAGAAUCAUCAGUACUGUGGUAAUACAUGUGUUCGUAAUUCAUUCAAGCAUGGUACAUGCAUUUGAAGUGUUCCCGACUGAAACUGUAGAGGAUCUACAAGUAAAGUUAUGCGAGGAAACUGGGGUGGAAGUAAAAGAGCAAGAAUUGAUGAUGGUGUCAGGACAAACACUUGAGCCAAAGACCCUGGUCAUGGACUGCAUCAAACAUGAUAUCAUGGGAGAAGAUAAUGUUUUGUACCUUUUACCGAAAAAUAACGAGCUAGCAACCAAACGUCAACUAUACACCUUACCGCCUUCAGUACAAGGAAUGGUCAACGAACAAAAAUCAUUGAUGGCUUACGAGGAAUUAAAAAAGGCUUUAGCUCAAGGGGUGCACUUUUGUCGUGAGCAGAUCAAGAUAAAUCAGCGGCUGAUUAACGGUGUCAGAGCUGCCCAGAUUUCACUGUUAGUUCUAAAUACCAAACUUGGACAACUCAAGACUGAGCUUCUAGCUGAGUACGAUAAACUGAAGGCAAAAAUUGAGUUCUUCAACUCAAGUUUGGAGACAGAUCUCGAGAACUACGCCGAUAAUGCCAGUCUCAUGAAAAAUGACAAACUGUUAAGAAACUGGAAACGGGCGCAGAAAAAAGCGGAAUCAUUCCAUAAUAAUGAAGUAACACAACUUAGAGAUUUAACAGCAGCUCUACAGAAUAAAGUGGUUGAGUUGCAAAAGGCGACAUGUUCAAGUGCAGCGCAAUCUUCUAUGAAAAUUGAUCAACUUAGGUAUGAUCGUGCUGUUCAGCUGUAUGAGGACCUCAGACAAAGUGACAGACGACCUGCAGAUUGUGAAAAUAUGGCCACAGUAAUUCUACAGAUCCUUGCACAAAGAGAAAAACUCCAUAGGGAGAUUUUGUCCAAUUUAAGUGAAGUGAUGGCUUGUAGAAGAGACAUGCGCAGACUGAUGCAACGUCUUCUUCAAGUCAAAUCAAAAAUUAUUGCCAGAGCGGAGGAUCUAAAAGAGAUGCAAAAACAGAGACAAGUUGAUCUUUGGAGGCUUCUCCAGUCAAAGAGACGAAGAGAAGAGGAUCGACGCCGUUCGAUGAGCAGUUCAUAUUCAUCUUUCUCUUCGAUUGCAGCUUCAAGUUCCAGUACACAAUCCAUUGUUCUAAUAGAGGAGAGUUCAAAGAAUUUUGAAAAAUUGGCUGGACUAUUAAACACAUUGAAGAAUGAUCAGAUGAAUGAUACAGAGAUUUUCGACUGGGAAUUCCUGGAGGAAGAAAGUGAUUCACCACAAAAAAAAACUGUGUGAAGUGUGUCGGCGAUUUGUAGUGUCUUAAAAAGUGACUGCUGAUUGAUUUUCAAAAAUUACAAUGUGAGAAGUAUGCACCACAAUUUUCGGAGUAUUAAGCGGACUUAUGUGCAGACCAUUUGCCGAAAUAAAAGAAAUGGGGGCGAUAGUUUUCAGCACUUUCUUGUUAAUAACAAGGUUUUAGCUUUUUAUAAUGGACUUUUGUGAAACACCAUCCAAUGGUUGUUUCAUAAAUGCUGUUUGCGGGGGUUUUACUCGGCAAUUUUUCAACUGUGUAUAGCGUCGUAAGUAUCUUGAUGCAAUAAAAUUGCUUUUAUGCAGAA